AUGGCCAAGCCCGAUAAGGAAUCUGUCAACACGGCAGGCCGAGAGGUGAGGGCUGAAGUGGGCAUGUGGGGCAGGGGAGGGCUGAUUCCAUUUCUGUUGGUGUGGGCAUCCUUGGACCCGGCCCUGCCCGCCCCUGCCCAGCCCAUCUGCGACCAGAGUGUCAUGAACAAAUUCAUCCAAGACGCCAGCAAGAUGGAGAAGGACAUUGUGGACCUUUGUGAAGAUGCCUGCAACUUACCAGAACACGUGACGGUGUUGGACACCAGGGUGAAUUUUCCUGACUGGCCAGCGAUGGACAGGUCCAGGCAGGCCUCGGAGGUGUGGCGGGGCCAGGCGCUUCUCUCCGUCGCCGUGGGCCACGUCAAAAGCCAGCAGCCCCGGAUGCAGCCUUUCCUGCGCCAGCUGGAGGUGAUGGAGAGCGGCUUGAGAAGCAUCCGUGAGAUUCUGCGCAGGCACAACGCCCAGGCAGACCCCCAGGAGGAGCCCCUCCUUCGGACAUUGAGCGUGCAAACGGUGCAAAAACUCUUCAGCGUAUAUUCCAGUUUCCUGCGUGGGAAGGUCAACUUGUUCCUGGCCAGUGCCUGCCAGGCGAGUGGCAGGUGA